CUAUUCUAGGGUUCCUCCUCUCUUCCGCUGGUCCAAAUCUCCGGCAUCGCUCUCGUUCUCUCUCUGAAUCGGUUCUCAGUUAUGCACUUAAAUGAGCGAGUUUAUUUUGGGCUUCAGCUUGGUAUCUGAUUUGCAAGCAUACAUUUCAUCAGUUUUGCAUCUAUCAAGCAUCAUCCUCUUGCUUAUCAUUUUGUGAUACUUUGUCCUGCUUGUCGCUAUUAUUGCUACUGUUAUUAUCGUCCCAUAAAGAAAGUCUUUCACAUUGAAACUCCUUUGAGCCGUAACCAUGGCUUGGAUUGAAUUUGGAUUCUUACUCUGCAACUCCUGUUGGCCUUUCUAUUUUUUUCCUCCUUUCUGCAUCCGUAUGCUUCCUCUUGCAAAUGCUUCCGGCACCUGUGCUUUGUUCACAGUUGCCUUGCAAGCUUCUUUUAGAUCCGUAAGAUGCCGAGGACAAGAGCAAGUGCUGUAGCUGCUAAGUCAGCUGAGCCUGUAAAGCUACCUGAGCCAGAGCAGCAGGUUGAUCUUGGUGAACCUGAGGAUAUGAUGGAAGAAGAGGUUGAGUAUGAAGAAGUUGAGGAGGAAGUGGAAGAAGAAGAGGAGGAAGUGCUAGAGGAGGAGGUUGAGGAGGAAGUGGAGGAAGAGGAGCCUGAAGAGGAGGAAGAAGAGACAGCAUCUGCUAAUGGAACCAAUGCAGAUGCUUCUGGUGGUGCUGGUAAUGCUACAAAAGUUGAUAUAACAGAAGAUGAGAAGGAUGAGGAUGAAAGUGAAAAACAUGAUGAACUCCUUGCACUUCCUCCUCAUGGGUCUGAGGUUUAUAUUGGCGGCAUACCUCAUGAUGCAUCAGAAGAAGAUUUAAGAAGCUUCUGUGAGUCAGUAGGAGAGGUUACUGAGGUCCGGGUGAUGAAGGGCAAGGAUUCAUCAGAGAAUAAAGGUUAUGCCUUCAUUACCUUCAGAAGCAAAGAGUUGGCUACAAAGGCUAUUGAAGAUCUGAAUAAAACUGAAUUUAAGGGGAAGAAGGUAAAGUGCUCGACAUCUCAAGCAAAAAAUCGAUUAUUCAUUGGCAACAUUCCUAGAAACUGGGUGGAGGAUGAUUUAAAGAAGGCUGUCAUGAAGGUUGGCCCUGGGGUCACUACUGUGGAGCUGAUGAAGGAUCCACAAAAUUCUAGCCGUAAUCGUGGUUUUGCAUUCAUCGAGUAUUAUAACCAUGCAUGUGCGGAAUAUUCAAGAAUAAAGAUGUCAACCCCAAAAUUCAAGCUUGAUUCCAAUGCUCCUACAGUGAGCUGGGCUGACCCUAGGAGUGGGGAUUCUUCUUUAAGUUCUCAGGUGAAGGCAGUUUAUGUAAAGAAUUUGCCAAAGAAUGUCAACGAAGAUCAGUUGAAAAAGCUCUUCGAACACCAUGGUGAAAUUACAAAGGUGGUGCUGCCUCCUGCAAAGUCUGGCCAGGAGAAGAGGUUUGGUUUUGUGCAUUUUAAAGAGCGGUCAAUGGCCAUGAAGGCACUUAAGAACACUGAAAGAUAUGAAAUUGAUGGUGAUGUUCUUGAGUGCUCUCUAGCAAAGCCUCCAGCUGAUAAGAAAGGUGAAACAGCAUCCAAUGCUCAGAAGGGUCCUCUGCUGCCAAAUUAUCCACCUCGCAUGGGAUAUGGUGUAAUGGGGCCUUAUGGUGCUUUAGCACCAGGGUUUGCACAGCCGAUGAUCUAUGGAAGGGGGCAGACCCCUGGUGGCAUGGCAAUGGUGCCAAUGAUAUUACCUGAUGGGCGCCUUGGAUAUGUAUUGCAACAAUCUGGAGUACCUGUAAUCGCACCUCAGCAAGGUGGUAAUCGGGGUGCCAGCUCUACUGGGGGUCGGAAGAGCAAUGAUAGUAACCGUGGGCACAGGUUCCACCCUUAUUGAUGUACCUUUGCCAAUUGUUUGCAGGUGCAGCAGGAAUCAGCGUGUAAUACUUCUGGUUUGGUUUAUAUGCAUGGUUCCUUUAUGCAGAACACGAGUCUCUCGGAAUGACAAUCAGCUUAGCAGUUUUUAUAUAAGCUUAAGAUGUGUGCUCUAGUUUUGGAUUGUGUAUUUUUGUAAGGUAUUUGCUGUUGACCUCAAAAAGUAUCAUUUCAACUUCUAGCCACUCAUUGUCAUAUGGAUAACCUUUCCA